AUGACGACAGCACAGCUUGGUGAUCAGGUGCAGAGGAGGAUGCUGGGAAAUACUAAACACAUCUUUUCUGGAGCAGAGGAUAAAGAGGGGGAAGAUGAGGAGGAGGAGGAGGAGAGAAGGACAGAUGAAGGGAGAGACAGACAGAACGGAGCAGUGGAUCGAGGAGGGCCAGAGGACGUGGAGGAGAUCAGGGGUGGCCGCCAGUUACGUGAGGGGAAAGGGGAGGGGAUGAAACCAUCAGCCAUUGUGAUUGGAUGGCAGAGAGGAGAUAGACAGCCCAGGACUACCAAUCCAGGGCACAGAGGCGUCCCAUAUCCGACCAAUCAGGCAGCUGUUUACCAUCAGCAAGCCAGUCAGCAACAGUAUUAUCAAACCACAGCUCGUAGGCGUCACAUGGAACGCAGCAUGACAACGGUGGCCCCACUGGAGGACACGCACCUCACCAUGAUGGUGUUCCGCAUCGGAAUUCCUGACAUCAAACAAACGAAGUGUUUGCGGUUUGACCCGGAUGCGAGUGUGUGGAGUGCGAAGCAGCAGGUGAUGUGUUCCCUUAGCGAAUCUCUGUGGGACGUCUAUAACUACGGACUCUUCCAGCCCGCCUCUGACGGACGAGACGCCAGGUUCCUGGAGGAGGAACGCUCUCUCCGAGAGUACUCGCAAUCCUUAGAGAAAGGGGUUCCCUAUCUGGAGUUUAGGUAUAAGACACGGGUUUAUAAACAGAUGAACUUGGAUGAGAAGCAGCUGUCAAAACUUCACACAAAGGCCAACCUGAAAAAGUUUCUAGACUACGUCCAGAGUGGAGCUGUGGAGAAGAUGGCCAAAGCGCUGGAGAAAGGACUUGAUCCUAAUUACCACGAUAUAGAGACUGGAGAAACUCCUCUGUCUCUGGCAGUGCAGGGCUCUAUGAGUGUGGAGGGAAUCAGGGUUCUGGUUCUGAACGGAGCUCAUGUGGACUUCAGAACCAGAGAUGGACUCACACCACUUCACAAAGCAGUCAGGAUGCACAACAAUGCUGCUUUAAUGACUCUGUUGUCUCUGGGUGCGUCUCCAGACUAUAAGGACAGGGUUGGUCUGACGCCGCUGUACCACUCCGUGCUGACAGGGGGCGACACAUCCUGCUGUGAAACACUACUCUACUACAGAGCCAGACUGGGCGUUCGUGAUGAGAACGGCUGGGACGAGUCACACCAGAUCAGAUGUGAAGAGGAUAUUGGAAUGCAGGAAAUACACAAGGCGUGUCAGCAUGGUUUUGCCCAACACCUGGAACACCUGCUGUUUUAUGGAGCCGACACCACUUCCCAGAAUGCAUCAGGAAACACGGCCCUACAUAUCAGUGCUCUGUACAACAAGGAGAGCUGUGUCCGGGUUCUCCUUUACAGAGGAGCCAAUAAGGAGAUGAAGAACAAGCACGGGCAGACCCCUUUCCAGGUUGCGGUGAUGUCAGGUCAUUUUGAACUCGGGGAGGUCAUUAGGAAUCACAAUGACUCAGAUGUAGUUCCAUUUCUGGAGUCUCCUAAGUAUGCACCUCAGCGUUUGGAGAGUGGGCGGAGCCUUCCAUUGCCUAUGGCCCUCCCCCAUCCCCACCCACUCCUGAGGGCCAAAAGUGAGAACACCAUGACGAUGCCUGACUCCUCCGCUCUGCAGGCAAACCCCGGACCCAAUGUGGCACCUGCUCAGACUCAACGCCGUGCCUCCUUCGCUCUCAGGAGUUCCAGCAGUCCCCGAGGAGCACGCACUCGCUCCCCGUCCCGUGGGAGAGGAGGUGGAGAGUCUGACGACAAGCACGACAAGCAUCAAAAACAGAGAGGGAGACAGGGGUGAGAGAGAGGAGGUGGAGAUAAAGAGAAGAAGAGGAAGUUGUACAGUGCAGUUCCGGGUCGUGUUUUCGUGGCCACGCGAGCUCACUCUGCCCAUGGUGACCGUGAACUCAGUCUCAGCAAAGGAGACAAGGUCAAAGUGUUGAGUGUGGGUGAGGGAGGAUACUGGGAAGGCACAGUAAAAGGACGUACUGGUUGGUUCCCAGCUGACUGCGUGGAGGAGAUCACUCCUCAAAACCAGGAUCACAGAGCAGAGACCAGAAGUGAGAAGGCCAAGAGGAAGCUCUUUCGUCAUUACACAGUGGGAGCGUAUGAUGGUCUGGAGGCUCCCAGUGAUUACAUUAUAAAGGAGAAGACAGUGCUUCUUCAGAAGAAGGAAAAUGAGGGCUUUGGCUUUGUGCUCAGGGGAGCUAAAGCUCAGACUCCUAUUGAGGAGUUUACUCCCACCCCGGCCUUUCCUGCUCUGCAGUAUCUGGAGUCUGUUGAUGAGGGAGGUGUGGCCUGGAGGGCGGGGCUACGAAUGGGGGACUUUCUCAUCGAGGUGAAUGGACAGAAUGUGGUGAAGGUGGGACAUAGGCAGGUCGUGAAUAUGAUACGACAAGGUGGCAACAACCUGAUGGUGAAGGUUGUCAUGGUAGCACGAAACCCAGAGAUGGAGGAAGUGCCUAAGAAGAAAGCACCGGCUCAGAGCAAGAGACUAACACCCCCUGCUAUCGCUCUGCGCUCCAAAUCCAUGACCUCAGAACUGGAGGAGAUGGUGGAGAAGGCAGCUUCUCCAUGGAAGAAGAAAGCAGAAUACUCAGAGACCUCCCAGGCACCAGAGAAGAAGAAGAGCGUUUAUCAAAUGGCACUUAAUAAGCUGGAUGAAAUUCUGGCUGCUGCUCAGCAGACAAUCAGCACUUCGGAGACUCAGGGUCACCGGGGUCACGGCGGCAGGAGGGACCGAAACAAGGGCUUUUACUCUAACGAGCAGAGCUUCGACCAGUCGGGCAUUGGCAUGAUGUCACCAGGGUCCGGGUAUGGUUAUAACCACGCCCAGUUUUCGUCAGGCCACCACUCCCAGCACGGUUUGGUUCUGCGGCAAAAAUCCAUCGGUGUGGCAGAUGAAGAGAGGGGCCAUUUACACCCCCCCACGAUGAAACUAUCCCGCAGUCUCUCGGUACCAGGGCCGGAGGACAUACCCCCCCCUCCUGAAACCUCUGCCCCAGAGCCCCCCCACUCCGCUGGGCCACAGAGCGGCAGGAGGGGCGAGUUAUCUCAUCCUAACCCUGCUCAUAUACCACCUGUACAAUACCUGCCCCAGAGUCAAACACAGCACAGAGUGCCACCUACUCGCAGAGUGGAACCAGAAACCAUACGAAGAGGAGGAGCCAAGAUGGGUGGACUGAGGCGGGGCUAUAGUAGUGCCACACCCCCCUCCAACAUGGUGACUAAGCAGCCAGCUCAGCACGUCCAGGUUCCAGCCGUCGCCAAGUCAGCCGCACGACGAGGGGGCAAGGGACCGCUAAUGAAACAACCCAAAGUGGAAGAGGGUGGCGGGAGACCCCAAAGAGGUGGCGGCCAGGUUGAAAAGAGUUCCAUUCCCAUUCCAACCAUUAUAGUCAAGGCCCCUUCCACCAGCAGCUCUGGGCGUAGCAGUCAAGGGAGCAGCGUGGAGGCUGAGCUCCCUCCUGAUCUAGAUGAGGACGUUGAACCCACUAGCCCCGUGACUCCAACCCCUCCUGCCCCUGUCCAAUCAUCGUCCAGUCGCACGCUGGAACGGGAGGAGCAGGAGCAGAUGCCACCGAGUGGCGGCACCACUGGCUCGACAGCGCGCCGCGAACGAGAGCGAUACCGUGAUUCCCGGAGGAAGAGCACCUCCUUCUACUACUCCUCGGAGGAGGACAUGUUAGAGGACUCAACGCCUCUCCAGCCCCAGCAUGAAAGCCCAACACCCCGACUCCGUCCGUCCAAAUCUAUCGACGAGGGCCUUUUCUCUGGCGAAGCCUUGACCCCUCAGGGUCGUAGUAUGCCCCCUGCUUUCGGCCUGCCACAGUAUGCCACACCCCUGCCUCCGUCUGCUCCCUCCUCUCACCAUGGUGCCACCACCUUCAUCCACCCACUGACAGGAAAAGUUCUGGACCCUUCCUCGCCAUUGGGCUUGGCCCUGGCAGCCCGGGAAAGGGCCCUAAAGGAUGACAGAAGAACCCGGCGCGAAGAGAGACAUUUCGGCCGACAGCUGUCAAGUGUUGGGGCUUUUCCCUCUACGGUCUCCGCCCCAAAUCCUCCACACAUUAUCCCUCCAACUUCGUAUAUGUAUCAGUCACAGCCUACGCACUAUCUGACCGGCACCUCCCCCACGUCUACCGGUCCCACCUCCUUGAGCCGCCCUCAGUCUCCACGGAUGAUUCGAUUGGCCGGAAGCGGGGUGGGAAGCGGAGACUGGGGGGGAGAGAUGGGAGAUAAGGAAGGGGGAGGGAUCAGAGAGGUUCCAAGAGUGCGUUUUUCCGAAGAAAAAGCCAAUCAGUAUCAGCCGCAGUACCCACGCGAGAGGGACAGGGAUGGGUACGGGAGACCCCUCCCUCAGCCCCCACCUCGGCGGCCCUCUUUCCUCCGCAUGGAGAGUGAUGCAAUUGGACUCAUGGUCCUCCCCCCGCCUGCACCAUCGGUAGAUGUGGAGGAUGAGUUUGUGUUUGUCGAUCCGCUACCUCCUCCUAUACAGUUUGCUAACGGCAUGCAGAGUGCAACAGGACAACCCUCCUCCCUCCCCUCCAACCCUCCGUUGCCCCCAAACAAUCCUCAGCCCCCUCUGCCUUCUCCUCAGGCUGGUGAUUCAGCUGCGUCCAGUUUGACUUCAUAUGACAGCGAGGUGGCCAACCUCACCCAGUCUGCUCUGUCUCCAUCUCUCCCUUCACCUCAGUCCUUUCCUCCAUCUACUUCUCCGUCUGCCCCGCCCUCUUCGUCAGUCCCCGCCUCCUCCCUGCAUAGGCCACUCCCGCUGUUCUACCCGCCACAAGACCGAGGCAACGCCGCCCUCACUUACGCUACCAUGACGACUGCCGCCGCCACUGCCACAGCGACUGCUGCCGUGGUGACGGUCACCAUGACAACGCCGUCGGCGACCGCCUCGGUGGCCACCGUGAACCAGCUGCCACCCACCGGCAAGAGCAGGGAUUGGCAGGAGGCGGUUGUGGAUUCUGGGAUAGAGGAGCUUGACAGUCACAGCAGCAGCGACCAUCACCUGGACAAUCUCGGAGAUAGAGAAACAGAGAGAGAUGGACUAAAAGAAGGAGUAAGAGCGGGAGGAAGAGAAGGAGGAAAAGGAGUGCGGGACAGGAGGCCGAGCGGAGACGUGAGGGACGGGGGGAAAGCCGAGAGACGCGUGUCUCUCGACUCCUCCCUUCCUCACGUGGGGAAACAAACUAUCAAGACGCUGAAUGACACGCAGAUAAAACCAAACGCGCGGCAACAGACCAAAGCGGAACCCUCUGUACGCGUCAAACCACACGUCCCUAACGCUCAACCCGCGCACCCCACACAGGUUCGAACGCACUCACAAGGCGAGAGCGUACGCGUGGUGCCGACUCUGCAGCGACAGACCAGUGCCGCUCCCACCUUCCACAGACAAAAGGAAGAGGAGGUGGAGAGAGAUGGAGUGACCAGGGGAGGAGGUCUGGAAAUAGCUGCGAGGCCUCCGAUGCUAUUGGACCGACGGCUGAACUCUCCGCUCUCCAGUGUGAAAGCCAGCAUCAUUAAUGAACUGAGCAGCAAACUCCAACAGAUGGGCAGCUGGCACGGUCAAAGUUCACCCAUUUCACCCAGAUUUGCAGAUGAAGGGUCCAUGUCAAUCAUGAGUGGACCCGCUGGUCGUUCUCCAUCGCCACUUCUCUCUGCUGCCGCUCAGCCUCUCCAACGCGCUAUGUCCCCAACCAUGGCUGCUAAUCCUUUACCGCCCAGUCCCCUAACGCCAACGCUACAGCCAAACCCCUUAGCGUCCUCCCCCUUAACACCCAGCUUGAUGCCAAACCAGUUGCAGGGAAUGCCGUUAACGCCGAAUUUAACCCCAACGCCGAUCGCCCUGGCCCAGCCGUCCGCUCCUCAACCUCUCUUUCCCAACUGGACUCCUUCUGCUUCCUCUGUGGUUCACCCACCCCACUCUCCAUCCUACUCUCCUUACCCCACCUCUCCGAAGCACCGUUCCAAGUACAGAGGGAAGGCUCUGGAGUUCCAGUUUCAUUCCGGGUCGGAAUCGCGACGUUCCGAAUCCCACCACCCACAGCGGCGGCGUGCUCCGAGCCCGCUCAUAUCCUGUUCGGAUCGUCCGCAUCCGGGGCCUCCGCGACCUUCCUCUUUGCCUCUCUUCCCCUCGUCCUCCCUCUAUAGCGGCCAUUUUGACUUUCAAGCCCCUCCUCUAACGCCUCCAUCCGCCACUCUUCCGUUAUCUGAUCACUUCUUCCCGCAGACCCCGCCUCCUUUUCCUCCCGCAUCCGCAGCCCCUCCCUCUAACCCUCUCCUGGUCUCCCGCUCUCUUUCCCCCACCCACUUCCUGUCGGGAGGCUCCUCCCCUUCCUGUAUGAGUUAUCCGCCCGUCACCCCUCCUCCCCCCAAUAGGCCGUUCGCUUCAAAACCUCUUCCCUAUUGGAGCAAGUACGACGUCGCUGACUGGCUGACGUACCUGAACCUGGCAGAGCACCGCGAGCGUUUCCUUGACAACGAGAUUGACGGGUCUCACCUUCCCUCGCUCACAAAGGAAGACUUCCUGGACCUGGGUGUCAGCAGGGUGGGACAUCGCAUGAACAUCGAACGAGCCCUCAAGAGACUUACAGACAGGUGA